AUGUCGGGUCCCGGGCCGCGGGAGCCGCCGCCUGAGGCGGGCGCGGCGGGCCCCGAGGGCGCCGGCGGCGGUGGCGGCGGCGGGGACGCGGCGCUGAGCGAGCCGGGGCUGAGCUUCGCGACCGCCGACCUGAGCCUGGUGGAGAUGACGGAAGUGGAGUACACGCAGCUGCAGCACAUCCUCUACUCGCACAUGGAGGCAGCUGCCGACGGCGAGCUCGAGGCGCGGCUGGGCUCGGCGCUGCUGGCGGCGGGCGGCGGGCUGCCGGGCGCGCCGCCCGUGUACCCGGUGUUGUGCCCGCCCGCGCUGGCGGCCGACGCGCCCUGCCUGGGCCACGUCGACCUGCAGGAGCUGCGCAUGAUGCUGCUGGGCGAGACGGGCGCGCCGGGCCCCGCCGCUGCGGACAGGACGUCGGGCGGCGCCGACGGGGCGCGGGCGCGGGCCGAGGCCGCCCGGGAGGGCACGGGCGCCGCGGGGCCCGAGGGCGCGCCAGAGCCCAGCCGCGCCAAGCCGGCCGCGCGCGUCCGCCUGGAGGACCGCUUCAACAGCGCGGCCGCCGAGCCGCCCGCGCCGCGCGGCCCCGAGCCCGCCGAGUCCGGCGCAGCGCUCAGCAAUUUGGUAACUCUUAUUCGACAUCCAUCUGAGCUGAUGAACGUUCCUCUUCCUCAGCAACAGAACAAAUGCACGACGUUAGUGAAAAAUAAAACUGCCGCCACAGCGACUGCCUUGCAGCUAACGUACCCUCUGUUUACAGCCAACGCGUGCCCUGCUGCUGGGAAUUCUGCUCUGUCACAGACACAGAGUUCUAGUAACUCAUGUUCUGCACUUGAAGCUGCCAAGCACCAGGAUAUUGGAUUGCCUAGAACAUUUUCUUUCUGUUAUCAGCAAGAGAUUGAAUCCACUAAACAGACUUUAGGUGGUAGAAACAAAGCUUUGCCUGAGCAGGUUUGGAUUAAAGUGGGAGAAGAAGCGCUAUGUAAACAAGCAAUAAAUAAGAGGAAUCGGAGCAGAAUACGCCAGCUGGACACAAGUGUGGAACGGAGAGCCCUUGGAGAGAUUCAGAAUGUGAGCGAAGCUUCCACAGCCGCACAGGGCACUUGGCAGGCUGCAGAGUCCUCGCAGGCAAACCUGGGGGAGCAGACCCAGAGUGUGCCCCAGGGAGGACGGUCGCAGCGUAGGGAGAGGCAUAACCGAAUGGAAAGAGAUAGAAGGCGCAGAAUCCGCAUUUGCUGUGACGAGUUGAAUCUCUUAGUCCCGUUCUGCAAUGCUGAGACUGAUAAGGCGACAACUCUUCAGUGGACCACAGCGUUCCUAAAAUAUAUUCAGGAAAGACAUGGAGAUUCUCUCAAGAAGGAAUUUGAAAGUGUAUUUUGCGGUAAAACUGGCAGAAGGCUAAAGCUGACCAGACCAGACUCCUUGGUGACCUGUCCUGCACAGGGCAGUCUACAGAGUAGCCCCACGAUGGAGAUCAAGUGA